UUAUGGCGAGAAACUUAUCCUCAGUUUUCAAAAUGUGUUUACUCAAUUAGUCGAGGUUUAAAGGUAACUCAUGUAGCAUUGAAUGAUAAUGAAGUGUUAUUUGUGACUAAUACUGGUGAGGCAUUCCAAGGAAAUAUUAAACCCAGAAAAGGUAAACCCGAAAUUACUGCAGAACACCAAAAAAAAUCUGUCAGUUUAGAGUUUCCAGAAAAAGGAGAUUGUCAAAUGCUAAAAUUGAAAAAGAUUCCAAGGAUUCAUAGAGGACUUGCAAUUUAUAGUGACUUAAAAGGACUCAAUUUUGCAGUUCUUCAGACUAACCCUAGGACUUACCAAAGAUUAUUUCCCAAUAUUUCACCGUCAUUGAUAUUAGAAGAUAUGCGUUUUCUUCUCGAAAAAGCUGAUGAAGAAGAUGACAUUCAUGACGUUAUUUUUAAAGUGAAUAAUUACAAAUUUCCUGCACACAAAUAUAUUUGUGCUUUGGCAAGCAAUAAACUGGAGGGGAUGUUUUCCGAUUGUGGAAAUAAUGCAUACAUUGAAAUCGAAAACGAAAGUGAAUAUAUAUUUGCUAGCCUUCUGAGUUAUAUUUACACAGGAGCAUGUGAUCUUCUUGAUUCUAGCAAAUUUAAAGAAUGCUGUAAUACUUACUCACAAAGUUUAAAAAAGCAUGACAAAGGGAAAGAGAAAGAGGCUGAAUCCAUAGAUAAAUAUUCUGCAUCUCCAAAUACAAAAACAAUAUCGUGUAAGGACAAUCCACUAUUUGCUCUGCGAGAUUUAGCCAAAAAGUUGGGACUAAAGGAAUUGUUUCGAUAUUUGGAAGGAGUCACCUUUUUAAAUGGCAUUCCAAAAUUUAAACACUUGUUAAGCGAAUGUAGACCUCGAAAGCCUAAAAAGGAGUUGCUGCCCCAGUUUUAUGAUGUACAUAUAAUGUCAAAAGAUCAAAAGCAAAUUUCCGCGCACAAAUGUAUUUUAGUUGCAAGAAUAGAAUAUUUUGAAAGUCUAUUUUCUGUUAGGUGGAGUUCAAACUCAUCUCCUAAAAAAAUUUCACUUCCGUUUCCUCAUGCAGUUUUAGAUCUUCUAAUUGAUUAUUUAUACACAGAUGAAGUACCACCGAACGUACAGUUCGAAGUUGACUUGGCAUGCAAUUUAUUGAUUGCUGCUGAUCACUUUUUGCUAGAGCGUCUUAAAGAAAUAUGUGAACUAGCCAUAAGUUCUCAUUUAUCGCUUAAAAAUGUCGCACAACUUAUUCAAUUUUCUUAUGACUAUAAUGCAUGUCAACUUAAAGACUGUUGCAUGGAAUUUAUACUGCAAAAUCUCCCAGCACUUUUAGAGCUUCAUACAUUGGAAGCAGUAGAUGAAAAUAUUCUCGUAGAUUUAUCGGAAUUUUAUUCCAAAUUUAAUAGAGAUAUAAGUCACAGAGUGUUGACUCCUUAUUCCAAUGCACCAUGCGACGAUGAUAUCGUUUUUGCUGAAAAUCACUGUUCUAUAACAUUUACCGAUCCCGGUGAUGACGAAAUUAUAGUAAGAAAUAUCCCAAAGAGUGCAAAAAAAAGAAAUAGAACUAGAAAAUCAUCGGGAAAUAGUUUCAGAAAAGAAUUGCCUUUGGAUGAGAUCAUAGACAAUUCAUUAAACUGCAACUAUGACAAAGAAAAUAGCAAUGAUGAUCGUUUAGAAACUGAUAAUGUUAAAUAUGUAUUUGCUACCAAGCAAGGCGAUGCUGUCAAGAAUAGAGUAGAAACUAUAAUGAAUGCAAAAAAAACAGUUAGUAACGAUAUCGAUCGUUCAAGUUCCACAAUGCUUCCAUUGAGGCAUGAAGAUGAUUUAGAUGAAGAAGAAUUUCCUUAUCUAGGAAAAUGUACUAGUCAUAAUUUACUUUCACAAUCACCGGGAAAAUCUGAAAAAGGUGAAUGUAAAUUGAAAUUCACAAAAUUAUCUCAAAAACAGCGAAAGCGGUUAUCUUCUGAAUGUUCAACAACUGAAAAGGAAGUUUCCGGACUAUCAGUUAGUCCUAAAAAUCCUUGGAAAAUUUUACGUGACCCCAACAAUCUUAUCGAUUCUCUAGAUGUUAAAUCAACUAUAGAUUCUAUUAUAACAGAUGAAAAGAAAAUGAAAGAAAAUUUUGUGAAGAUGAAAACUAAGUCGUUAUUCUAUACUCAGAUCGAGGAUCACGCCAUCGAAGAUUUGCUUAAGUUUUAUAAUGCGGACAAGGUAUACGACGAAAUAAUAACAGUUGCGAGAGUUCAAAAUACUGUAAUAGCAUCUCCUCUUUGGAUCCACUCAAAUCGAUCGAAAACGUAGUUCUACCACAUUUAAAAAAAAAAUUCUUUAUAUCUCAAUGUGCUGUAAGUUUAAUUUAUAUAACAUUAUUUUUUUUAAGUAAUUAGACAAGGUUUACAUACGUGUUAUAUGUAUUUCAAAUAUCUACUUAAAAAAAAACGAUUUUCUUUAUUUUUAUGGACGUUUUGUUUUGUAAAAUUAUA